CUCCCGGGCCUGCGCAGACCGGCCCGCCCGCGCUCGGCCCCGCACCCGCCUCCUGGGCCCCCUCCCUGCCAGCCAUGGUGAACUUGGGCCUGUCCCGGGUGGACGACACCGUGGCCGCCAAGCACCCGGGACUGGAGGAGUAUGCCGCGUGCCAGUCGUUCGCCUUCACGAAGGGCAUUGUCACCUUUGUCACAGGCACCAGUGGGACCUUCGGCCUGCAGAUGUUCAUUCGGAGGAAGUUCCCGUACUCCUUGCAGUGGAACGUGCUGGUGGCCGUGGUCGCAGGCUCCAUGGCCAGCUACUGGGUGACCCGAGUGGAGUCACAGAAAUGCAGCAACCUCUGGCUCUUCCUGGAGACGGGGAAGCUCCCCGGAGACUCAGGCGCAGAUGUGCGCAGAAGACCUGGUGCCAGGGAGCUCUAGAGCACCUCUGCUCCCCAGGCCGGCCUUCUCCAUCACGCAGGCCCUCCCCACACCCUGAGGUGUCCCAGUCGGGUGGUGGGCACAGCUGCAUGGCUGGGUCUGCAAAGCCUGUGCAAACUGCUCCUGCCCCCAGCUGGGCCCUGCCCAGAAGGAGUCUGCAGACAGCCGUCCCUGGUGGGGUGGGCCUUCUGUGGAGCAGCGAGAGCACGGUGGGCACUGAGCCGGAGAGGAUCAGAGGGGAGUGUGCACACUCCGCUUGGGUGCUCUAACACACCCUUUCUGGCCCCACACCCACCAGUCACAGUGACUGCUGUGGGCGGUGCAGGACUAAUAAAUGCUGUUUUCUCACCCAAGA